CGCGUGGCUUCUUUCCCGAUCGCACCGACUUCCAGCCCGUCUCCGUAUCGCCCCAGCCCCUAACCCUUCUCCCCAAAUGGCUUCCUGUCUCUUUUUCCUGCUCCCCGUUCCCAGUUCGCUCCCAGUUCCCCAACUCUUCUGUGCCAGAGGGCUCCCUUGUCACCCAAGAGUUUCUUCCCCGAAGUCCCCUCCCCAGGCUGUUCGCCUUCCUCCUCGGCCCACGCUCCUCCCUUCCUGGUCACCUGGGCUUGAAAAAUAGACGUCCCUUGCCCUCCUUCUGAGCCUCCAGACAACCCCAGGACCUUAGUCAGGCGCGUGUCUCUCAGCCUCCACUUGAGAAGUUCCGGCCCAGAUGGCCCAAGCCCUAACCGUGUAUACACAACCCAGAGCGGGAGCCCAGCCUUGACCUGCUGGAGGCCUUCGUGGAGCACUGGAAGGGCAUCACGCACUACUACAUUGAAAGCACAGAUGAAAACACCCCCGCCAAGAAAACAGAUAUUCCCUGGCGGCUGAGGCAGAUGUUGGACAUCCUGGUCUACGAGGAGAGGCAGCAGACAGCAGCUGGCGAGGCAGGGCCCUGUCUGGAAUACCUGCUGCAGCACAAAAUCCUGGAGACCCUGUGCACGCUGGGCAAGGCUGAGUACCCCCCAGGCAUGCGACAGCAGGUGUUCCAGUUCUUCAGCAAGGUUCUGGCCCAGGUGCAGCACCCCCUCCUGCAUUACCUCAACGUCCACAGGCCUGUGCAGAAGCUUCUCCGACUUGGUGGGACAGUUCCUGGAUCCCAAACAGAAAAGGAGGAGGUGCAGUUCACCACCGUUCUCUGCUCCAAGAUCCAACAGGAUCCAGCCCUGCUCACCUACAUCCUGGAAGGUAAAAAGAUUGUCAGUAGGAAGAAGUCAUCCAAAGAACCCAUCACCCUGCCUAGAGAGGCAGCCAGCAUCCAAGACAAGGACCACCCCCACAGCAAGUCUCCUGACAUGAGUCCCUGUAAGGCCCAGGCCUUGACCGCCCAGCUGCCUGCUGAGACAGAGGAGCCAGAUGGAGGAGUUGGGGAAAGCAACCUGAUCACCUCUCUGAUCGGGUUGUGCAAGAGCAAGAAAGGUCGGGUCGCUCUGAAGGCCCAGGAGAACCUGCUGCUCCUGGUAAGUGUGGCUUCACAGGCAGCUGCCACCUACCUGGUACACAGCAGCCCUUGCUGCCCUGCCAUCGUCGAGCACCUCUGCCAGCUGUACCAGUCGAUGCCCACCUUCCUGGACCCCGCAGACAUUGCCGCUUUAGAGGGCAUCAGCUGGAGGUUGCCCAGUGCCCCGUCUGAUGAGGCUUCCUUCCCUGGCAAGGAGGCCUUGGCUGCCUUUUUGGGCUGGUUUGAUUACUGCGACCACCUCAUCACAGAGGCACACGUGGUGGUUGCAGAUGCCUUGGCAAAGGCUGUAGCUGAGAAAUUAUUCAUGGAGAUUCUGCAGCCCCACCUCCUGCAUGUUUCUGAGCAGAGUGUGCUGACCUCCACCGCCUUGCUCACGGCCAUGCUGCGCCAGCUCCGCUCCCCUGCGCUGCUGCGAGAGGCUGUGGCUUUCCUCCUGGGUGUAGACCCGCAGCCCGCAGCCCCCGAAGAUGGCCCCCGCACUCUGUGCGCUCACCUCAUCGGGCACUGCGAUCACCUCUCUGAUGAGAUCAGCAUCACCACGCUGCGGCUGUUUGAGGAGCUGCUCCAGAAGCCACACGAGCAGGUCCUCCGCAGCCUGGUCCUCUGCAACCUCGAGGGCCGCCAUUAUGUGGCCCGAGGCUCACCUGAGCCCGAGAGCUACGAGGACACCCUAGAUCUGGAGGAAGACCCCUACUUCACGGACGGCUUCCUCAACUCCAGCUUUCAGCCCUCUGCAAAGCCUCCCCCAGCUCCUGCCACCAACUCAGAUGGCAAAACAGCAGUGACCGAGAUCGUCAACAGGGUCCUGUCUCUCAGUUUCCUCUGCCUGGUUCCCGAGGAAGCCAAGACCUCAGCUUUCCUAGAGGAGACUGGAUAUGACACAUACGUUCACGAUGCUUAUGGACUGUUCCAGGAGUGCAGCUCCCGAGUCGCCCCUUGGGGCUGGCCCCUCGGUCCCACACCCCUGGACCCCCAUGAGCCUGAACGGCCUUUCUUUGAGGGUCACUUCCUCCGAAUGCUGUUUGACCGCAUGUCCCGGAUUUUGGAACAGGUAGUCAACAGGACUGGGCCCUGGCUACAAGGUUACAAGCCAUACAGCCUGAACCUGCAAGUGACCUCAGUCCUGUCCCGGCUUGCCCUCUUCCCCCACCCCCUUAUCCAUGAGUAUCUCCUGGAUCCCUACAUCAACCUGGCCCCUGGGUGCAGGAGUCUGUUCUCUGUGCUUGUCAGGGUGAUCGGGGACUUGAUGCAGAGAAUUCAGAGAGUACCUCAGUUCCCAGGCAAACUGCUCCUGGUACGCAAGCAGCUGAUGGGUCAGGUCCCCGGAGAGCAGCUGGACCACCAGACUCUCCUCCAGGGCGUGGUGGUUCUUGAGGAAUUCUGCAAGGAGCUGGCUGCCAUCGCUUUUGUCAAGUUCCCCCCGCACAGUCCUCACCUGCACCUGUCCCCACCCCAGGAAGGGCACGUCUGAGCCAAGAGCAGGACCAGAUGGGGGACUCCUGUCCUCACCUCUGCCCAAGAGCUGCCUCGCACCUGGCAUGGCUGCCACCUCCCGCCUCCCAGGGUGGGAGCUUGGUUCCACCUCUACAUCCCAGGUGCCUCUGCCUCUGAGGAGGCCUGGGCUUCCACUCCCAGGUUAACUCAAGAAGACCGUGGCCUGUCGGUCACACCAGACUGGGUUCAGGGAGUGGGUCUCCAAGGUACCAGAAGCCAAGGAGCAAAAGAGAUGGCCUCCCAGACAGCAUGGUGUCCUCGCGGCUUUCUCAGGAGAGCUGGGUAAUUGCCAGCUGAGCACCCAGACCCAAACCCUCAUGUGUUCCGUACCUAUCACCUGUCUCUACGGACGAUUUGUGGCCAGGGCCAAAACCUGUGGCUCAAUUCCAGGGGCACAGAGGGAGUGAGUGAUGGCUCUCAGGCUGGUCAGAACUGUAGGCCAGAGAGAUGGGGGCGUGGGAGCCCUGUCUCUGUCUUGCUAGGUACCACAGAUGCUGCUGAGACUUGA